GAAGAUUAUUAAGAAGAAGAAGCUUGAAGAGCGGCAAUGCUGAUCUCUUCGAGAAAGGAUGCGAUGUACUGGAUCGGCAUGCACAUGGUGCCCAACAUCGUCGGCGUCGGCCGGUUCACCUACGGCUUUCACCGGACAGGGGCGGAUGUGGGUCGCAUCUUCGAUAUAUGUCUGGGCGCCGAGUGCUUCGCCAACAUCUGCAGCGACAUCGCGGUCAUCGGGCUUCUAAGAAAAGCGGAAGCGUCACAGGGAGCCGACGUAGACGCCACACACAUGACUCGUGUCCUCGGUGCGUUCGUGACGUGGAACACCGUGGCGUUGCUGCUCUGCUGCGGCGGCAACCUGGCUGGUCUACGCUUCCCGCCCAAGUGGUAUACAAACAUGGACGCCGAUGCGCUUUCCUUCCAACAGCGGACGAAGAUUGCAGCAAUUGGGGCGCCUAUCAUCGUACUCGCAGCACUUUGUAAGCUGUACUACACAAGUAUGCUGUACGAUUUCUACAGCACCUACAAAAUGACAACGGUCACGGCGCACGAGGAGGCGCUGGUGGAGUCUGCUUCCAUGGGACAAGUAGAAAAGCGUCCAGCGUCCACAAAUAGGACUAGCGAUGACGUCACUUCACCCCGUCACGAAACAGCCACGGACGCUAAAGUUAGAAGAACAUCUACAAAAUUGCAGGCGCGCAGUGGCAGGUUGCUCCCACAAUCCCCGGACGGCGAAGACCACUUGACCACCAUAAUUCCGCCGGCGAGGAUCCGAAAGCUCUCCGACCGUUCGCGCAGGCAGUCGAUCGCCAGCGAAUGUCAUACGGGCGCGAGCACCAUCGCGAAGUCCAAGUCGGGAAGGACGAGAAGGCAGUCCACUGCUUCGGAAUUUGCACAGACCAUCGACGACGCGGCCGCGACGCUCGGCCAGCCAGUGCAAGGACGGUCGCGACGGAUGUCCAGCGCCUUCCGCGGCGCCAUGGCUUCUGUUCAAUCGGCCAGAGGCAGGCGACAGUCCGGCGUCGCUGCCGAUUCGAGCGCCGCUCCCGACGCGUCCCGAAAGCAGCGCCCUCGGUCGGCCGCUGCCGGCGCCGGCUUGGCCGAUGGGGCCCGCGGCACCGCGGUCUAGAGCCCGUGCAUACAAAGGGUGGACCGCUAAGCGCCGGGUGAACGCCUUUGCAGCGACCAGUGUCCUUGCACGGCUCUUGAAGAGGUGUCACUCGGCGCUGCAAGACAGCACGAACGCGCAAUCAGGCUCGGCUAUCGCCGGUCACGUGUCAUAACGACGCCGGGCGGUUGCUUAGCCUUCGCCUAUAUUCCCUUUAAUAUCGCGUUUGCGGAGGCACCGUGCAGCCUUGCAGACCUAAAUGUAUCGUACGCGCGGCGGUAUAAAAUGAUUUUAAACAGCAUUUUGCGCGAACAGGCGUCCAAGUAUUCUGAGUACACCUCCCUUGUAAUGAUUUCAAUUGCUUGGGUUCAUAGUACGUAAUAAACAUGCAGUAGACAGUGAAGGCACUAGCUAGAGUGGUGAGGUCUGAAUAUUUGCGCAGAGCAAAAACAUCACUUUAACUGAUAAACACAAUAAACAUGUUUCACCUUCAUUGGAAAAUACUUUUUUUGCGAUAUCAAUUAUAUGCGCGCUCGAAGCAAAUUUUUGCCGUUGCCGUAAGGUUCUGUAUAUGUAUAGGUAUAUAUCUGCUAUAUGCCAUACCGUGCAACAUGACCUGACGCGUAUCCUAUCACUAAAGUCACCCGUACCACGUCUUACAUUCUUGAGAAAAUCGUUAUUCAGAAUUUGGAAAAUGCCACGCCACAAAAAAUAUCGCGAAUCAAAACACACAGAGCGCAUGUCCGUUAUCUUAAAUCUUGUGAGAUCUAAAUGUUAAAAUUGCGAAACAAUAACAGAGCUCGAACCUGAGAAUGAUGUUGCUUUAUUGCCGCGGCUGUUCACUACCUCCGGGAUUGGCCCAGGAAAGAGGUUUUUAGCAAACCCGAUACUGAAAAGUGGUGGUGAAGUCGCUAAGACAGACGCUGGCUUUAAUUAAUAAACAUAAGUGAAAUUGUCCGCUCGCUGGAUUCAAACAGAGCACAACUGUAUGAAAUAUAUCACAACAAAACUGGAAUUGAUAGGGAAAUGUACUUAAAACCGCCAAACCAUAUAUCGGCACGCACUGACCACCAGUGCAAAAUUAGAGAAUACCGGGCUAGGACGGGCCUGUAUGCCAACUCUUUUUUCGUAAAAACUAUUGCACAGUGGAA